GCGGCCCCACACACCGAUGGCCAGAUGGAUUGUGGAUGUCUGUUAUCAUUCCUCUUCAUGCUGUGUGGGAUUUCAACCACAGCAUCUGCAGUGAACCUGGAGGACGAGCUCUUCAGGGACCUGAUGAAGGGCUACAACAAAAACAUUCGGCCCAUGGAGCAGAGCGGGGACAUCACAAAGGUCUACAUCAAGAUGACCCUCACCAAUCUCAUCUCGCUGAGUGAAAAGGAGGAGGCCCUGACCACCAACGUUUGGAUAGAAAUGCAAUGGUGUGACUACCGGCUGAGAUGGGACCAGGCCCCCAGGUCUGCCCUUUACGGGGACAUCACCCACGAGCUCCGCAUCCCCUCCAAGAGGAUAUGGCUGCCUGACGUCAUCCUGGAGAACAAUGUGGAUGGACAGUUUGAGGUUGCACUUUACUGCAACGCGUUGGUUUCCCCCAACGGCUGCGUGUACUGGUUACCUCCGGCCAUCUACCGCAGCGCCUGCCCCAUCGUGGUCAACUACUUCCCCUUCGACUGGCAGAACUGCUCCAUGGUCUUCCGCUCCGAGACAUACAGUGCCAAUGAAGUAGAACUUUAUCUCAAAGAGGAAGACAACCACACGUUAGAAUGGGUGGAUAUUGACCCAGAGGCCUUUACAGAGAACGGAGAGUGGGCGAUCAAACACAGACCAGCCAAGAAGCUGAUCAACCCGCUGUACACAAAGGACGACCUGCAGUACCAGGAGGUGGUCUUCUUCCUCAUCAUCCAGAGGAAGCCCCUGUUCUACAUCAUCAACAUCAUCGCUCCCUGCGUGCUCUUCUCCUCCCUCGGCCUGCUGGUCUUCUUCCUGCCUGCUAAAGCCGGUGGCCAAAAAUGUACAAUGUCCAUCACCACUCUGCUGGGACAGACUGUGUUCCUCUUCCUCAUCGCCAAGAAGGUUCCAGAGACCUCCAAAGCCGUACCCCUGAUUGGAAAGUACCUCAUGUUUGUGAUAUCCUUCACCACCAUGGUUGUGAUGAACUGCGUGGUAGUCCUCAACGUGUCCCUGAGAACCCCCAACACCCAUAAGAUGAGCGACAGAGUGCGGAGGAUCUUCCUCAACAUCCUGCCGCGUCUGCUGAGGAUGCAGAUGAAGCCCUGGACGCCUGACGGGGGGGAUUCGGUCGGCGACUGGGCGGGGGGUAAGGACCCCCAUCGGGCGGGGAACGGCGCUGACCGGCUCCCCUGCCACCACCAGCGCCGCCGCAGCUCCAUGGGGCUGAUGGUAAAGGCGGAGGAGUACGUCCUGAAGACCGCCCGCACAGAGCUGAUGUUCUCCAGGCUCCGGGAGAGGCAGGGCCUCAUAAGGACCGUCUUUGAGAAGCUGUAUGGCGAUCUGGAAGAUGUCAACGCAGAGAAGCUUGAGAACAGCCUGGCUACGAUAUCUCCCGAGCUGAAGCAGUGUGUGGCCUCCUGCAAACACAUUGCAGAGACCGCUCAGGGGCAGAAUCGCUUCCAGAAUGAGAAUGAAGAGUGGUUCCUGCUCGCCAGGGUGAUUGACAGGGUGUGUUUCAUCGUCAUGGCGCUGAUAUUCUCUAUCGGAACCGUUGGGAUUUUUCUCAUGGGGCAUUUCAACCAGCCCCCCUCCAUGCCCUUCCCCGGGGAUCCCAGGAGGUUCCUGCCCCCGCUGGGCAACAUGACCGGGGUCGGGACGGGAGCAGAGGGCUGAUCCACGGAGGCUGUCCUACACUCCCUGGAGGGCUUCACCCAUUCAUCAGCAGUGACAAAUCUGCUUGGAUGAUUUCCCUUUCUGACGCCUACGCAGAGAGAUGAGAGAACGACAGAGAUACACAGAUGAUUGUAAUGCCAUUUGGCUGAGUUGUACUUUGUCUGUUCAGCGGCUCUUCAGACUGACUCUAAGUGAGCCAAAUGGCCGGUUCCUUGUUGACCAAGGGAUUCACUGGACGAGUUGGAAUGAUAUGGACAAGCUCACCGCUGCACACUAGCAUCAGCUGUAUCUGAUGUUUGGUGUUACUUAAACUAAUGCUUUUAUAAUAAACUAGCUUUUAUAAAACACAACAAUCCCCUUUUCCUUCUAGGAGUCUGUAACUCCACCCCCACCUUCAUGUUGAUCAGUUUUUUUUGCCAACUUCUAGGCACAUUCGACAAGAGAUUUCUUAAUGUUUUGUAUUUAACCAAUAAAGAUGAUAUUGUUAUAUCGGUCCCCCCGUCCCUUUAUGAUGAGCUCUGA